GCCUAGGAGACUGUUUGUUUCUUCCCUAAUGCUGCAGAGCCCUCCUGUAACAGCCAAUCCCAGCGCAGGAAGUGGGCAGGUUUUACUCUGUCAUUAUCCCCUGUAUGGAAAAAGCCUCUGCAUCUUUUUUUGCUUGGUGGGGGGAGAGGAGGAAGAAGCAGCCUUCCUGCAGUUUAGAAGCUUUUCGUGCAAGGAAGAAAAAAAAAAAAGACAGAGCCUUUAAAUCGUUCCUGUGAGAGUUGUGUUUGUGUCCUGACUGCUCUGGUGUUCAGCAAAACCCCUUAAUUAUUUUACUUAAUCAGACAGGAUGAUAGCUGCCCAGCUUCUGGCCUAUUUCUUCACCGAAUUGAAGGAUGAUCAGGUCAAAAAGAUUGAUAAAUAUCUUUAUUCCAUGCGGCUCUCUGAUGAAACACUAGUGGAUAUCAUGUCUCGCUUCAAGAGAGAGAUGCACAAUGGUCUUUCUAGAGACUUCAAUCCAACAGCCACAGUAAAAAUGCUUCCUACAUUUGUAAGGUCAAUUCCUGAUGGCUCAGAGAAAGGAGAUUUCAUUGCAUUGGAUCUUGGUGGAUCUUAUUUUCGAAUUCUGCGAGUGAAGGUCUCUCAUGAGAAAAAGCAGACAGUACAAAUGGAAACUGAGAUUUAUGACACACCAGAAGAUAUCAUGCAUGGCACUGGAACCCGGCUCUUUGAUCAUGUUGCUGAAUGCCUGGGAGAUUUCAUGGAGAAGCAACAAAUCAAGGACAAGAAAUUGCCAGUUGGGUUUACAUUUUCUUUCCCAUGUAGACAAUCCAAGCUAGAUGAGGGUAUUCUGAUAACCUGGACAAAACGCUUCAAAGCAAGCGGAGUUGAGGGAGCAGAUGUAGUAAAGCUGCUCAACAAGGCAAUCAAGAAACGUGGGGACUAUGAUGCAGACAUCAUGGCUGUUGUAAAUGACACAGUAGGAACAAUGAUGACCUGUGGGUUUGAUGACCAGCGUUGUGAAGUUGGCUUGAUUAUAGGUACUGGCACGAAUGCCUGCUACAUGGAAGAAUUGAGGCACAUUGAUCUGGUGGAAGGUGAUGAGGGGAGGAUGUGUAUUAACACUGAGUGGGGAGCCUUUGGCGAUGAUGGGUCACUAGAAGACAUCAGAACUGAGUUUGACAAGGAGAUUGACCGUGGAUCCCUCAAUCCUGGAAAACAACUGUUCGAGAAGAUGGUCAGCGGACAGUACAUGGGUGAGCUGGUCAGGCUUAUCCUUGUAAAGAUGGCCAAAGAGGGGCUACUGUUUGAGGGGAGAAUCACUCCAGAGCUUUUAACCAAAGGAAAAUUUGAAACGAAACAUGUGUCUGCCAUAGAAAAAAGCAAAGAAGGUCUGAAUAAAGCCAAAGAAAUUUUGACACGUCUUGGGGUAGAACCAUCCCAUGAAGACUGCAUUGCUGUCCAGCACGUCUGUACAAUUGUUUCAUUCCGUUCUGCUAAUCUGGUGGCUAGUACUCUGGGCGCGAUUCUGAAUCAAUUGCGUGAUAAUAAAGGCGUAACCAGGCUGCGCACCACGGUGGGUGUGGAUGGUUCCCUUUACAAGAUGCAUCCACAAUAUGCCAGACGCUUACAGAAAACAACGAGGCGAUUAGUUCCUGACUCUGACGUGCGAUUCCUUCUGUCUGAGAGUGGCAGUGGAAAGGGUGCUGCAAUGGUCACAGCAGUAGCAUACAGGUUGUCUGAGCAGCACAGGCUGAUAGAUGAGACUCUGGCUGAAUUCAAGCUUACUCAUGAGCAGCUGUUGCAGAUUAAAAAAAGGAUGCGAUCAGAAAUAGAAGCUGGGCUGAGGAAGAAAACUCAUGAAAAUGCAAAAGUAAAAAUGCUGCCUACCUUUGUUCGCAGCACACCAGAUGGAACAGAGAAUGGAGAUUUUCUGGCUCUCGAUCUGGGAGGAACAAACUUCAGAGUUUUGCUUGUGAAGAUACGUAGUGGUAAAAGGAGAACAGUUGAAAUGCACAAUAAAAUAUAUGCUAUUCCUAUAGAGGUCAUGCAGGGUACUGGAGAAGAACUGUUUGAUCACAUUGUUAGCUGUAUCUCAGACUUCCUGGAUUACAUGGGAAUAAAAGGCGCACGACUUCCCCUUGGCUUUACAUUUUCCUUCCCUUGCAAGCAGACCAGUUUAGAUGCUGGUAUCCUCCUCAACUGGACCAAAGGCUUUAAAACGACAGAUUGUGAAGGAGAGGAUGUCGUGUAUUUGCUUAGGGAAGGAAUUAGAAGGCGAGAGGAAUUUGACUUAGAUGUUGUGGCAGUGGUGAAUGAUACAGUUGGCACUAUGAUGACUUGUGCAUAUGAAGAUCCAAAUUGUGAAAUAGGACUCAUUGUGGGCACUGGCAGCAAUGCAUGUUACAUGGAGGAAAUGAGAAAUGUAGAGAUGGUAGAGGGAGAUCAAGGACGAAUGUGUGUGAACAUGGAAUGGGGUGCGUUUGGAGACAAUGGAUGCCUGGAUGACAUCAGGACAAUUUAUGACAAAGCUGUCGAUGAUUAUUCGUUAAAUGCUGGAAAACAAAGGUAUGAGAAAAUGAUUAGUGGAAUGUACCUGGGAGAAAUCGUUCGCAAUAUUCUGAUUGACUUCACUAAAAGGGGAUUCCUGUUUAGAGGUCAAAUUUCAGAGUCGCUGAAGACCAGAGGUAUCUUUGAAACCAAGUUCCUUUCACAGAUUGAGAGUGACAGGUUAGCAUUGCUUCAGGUACGAACAAUCCUCCAGCAGCUGGGCUUGAACGGUACCUGUGAUGACAGUAUAAUUGUAAAGACGGUUUGUGGAGCAGUAUCGAGAAGAGGAGCUCAGGUGUGUGGAGCUGGAAUGGCUGCGGUUGUAGAUAAAAUAAGAGAGAACAGAGGAUUAGACCACCUGGAUAUAACAGUUGGUGUAGAUGGGACUCUGUAUAAACUACAUCCACACUUUUCAAGGAUCAUGCACCAAACAGUAAAGGAUCUCGCACCAAAAUGCAAUGUGACAUUCCUCCUUUCGGAAGAUGGCAGUGGGAAAGGGGCAGCUCUCAUUACUGCUGUGGGAUGUAGACUGCGUGAUGCUGAGCAAAACUAA